GGAGCUCAGGCUGACUGGGAAAUGUCAGGCUAUUGACUGGGUGAGGGUUUUUCUUUUCCCCGCGCCCACAGGCCUUCGGGCGACCAUCGCUGUGGUCGCCUCGGACCGUGUGUCUCCGACGCCGGCAGACUGCAGCGGACGCGAAGCUUCUCAGUCCCUUCCCGGCGCUGUCUGGAGAGAUCCGACGUGAACAGAUACGGUCCAGAGCUAUGCACGGAUCACUGUAGUUGGCGAUUGUGAGCAUUCAAUAAUGAGUGGAGCAGCUUUAGGACUGGAGAUUGUUUUUGUCUUCUUUCUGGCACUGUUCCUCCUUCAUCGAUAUGGAGACUUUAAGAAACAGCACAGGCUUGUAAUCAUUGGAACACUGCUCGCUUGGUAUCUCUGCUUUCUUAUUGUCUUCAUACUGCCGCUGGAUGUUAGUACGACAAUAUAUAACCGAUGCAGACAUGCUGCUGCAAAUUCCAGCCCUCCUGAAAAUAGCAAUGUUACGGGAGUGUAUGCAGCUGUCACCCCAGCUCCAAGGCAACAUCCAUGUUUCAAGCCAUGGAGUUACAUUCCAGAUGGAAUCAUGCCAAUUUUCUGGAGGGUAGUUUACUGGACAUCACAGUUUUUAACGUGGAUUCUGCUACCUUUUAUGCAGUCAUAUGCAAGAUCUGGAGGCUUUUCCAUUACUGGAAAGAUAAAAACAGCCCUGAUUGAGAAUGCAAUCUAUUAUGGCACUUACUUGCUGAUAUUUGGAGCAUUUCUAAUUUAUGUGGCUGUAAACCCACGUUUGCAUUUAGAAUGGAACCAACUUCAGACUAUAGGGAUAGCUGCUGCCAACACAUGGGGUCUGUUUCUUCUUGUGUUGUUAUUGGGAUAUGGCUUGGUGGAGAUUCCUCGGUCAUACUGGAAUGGAGCCAAAAGGGGUUAUCUACUCAUGAAGACUUACUUUAAGGCAGCCAAACUGAUGACAGAGAAAGCAGAUGCAGAAGAGAACCUGGAGGAUGUAAUGGAGGAGGUUCGUAAAGUAAAUGAAAGCAUUAAGUACAACCACCCAUUGAGAAAAUGUGUUGAUACAAUACUUAAAAAGUGCCCUACAGAUUAUCAGGAAAAGAUGGGUAGAAAUAUGGAUGAUUAUGAAGAUUUUGAUGAAAAGCGUAAUACCUACCCAAGUGAAAAAAGUUUGGUAAAAUUGCAUAAACAGGUCAUUUAUUCAGUUCAAAGGCACCGUCGAACUCAAGUGCAAUGGCAAAUUCUUUUGGAACAGGCGUUCUAUCUAGAAGAUGUAGCAAAAAAUGAAACUAGUGCAACUCAUCAAUUUGUUCACACCUUUCAGUCACCCGAGCCAGAAAAUCGAUUUAUCCAAUAUUUUUAUAAUCCUACAGUUGAAUGGUACUGGGAAUGCCUGUUGCGUCCAUGGUUUCACAGGAUCCUUGCUGUGGUUUUGUCCAUCUUCUCGGUGAUUGUUGUGUGGUCAGAGUGCACCUUCUUUAGCACGACUCCUGUCUUAUCUCUCUUUGCAGUCUUCAUACAGCUGGCAGAAAAAACAUACAAUUAUAUUUAUAUUGAGAUUGCUUGCUUCCUUUCCAUCUUCUUCCUAAGUAUCUGUGUUUACUCUACGGUGUUCAGGAUUCGAGUAUUUAAUUACUACUACUUGGCUUCACAUCAUCAGACUGAUGCUUACAGCCUUCUUUUCAGCGGCAUGUUAUUUUGCCGUUUGACUCCCCCUUUAUGUCUUAACUUCUUGGGAUUGACACACAUGGAUUCAUCCAUCUCUCAUCAGAAUACCCAGCCAACUGCAUAUACAUCUAUCAUGGGUUCCAUGAAAGUUUUAUCCUUUAUUGCAGAUGGAUUCUAUAUAUAUUAUCCUAUGUUGGUGGUAAUUCUCUGCAUUGCUACGUAUUUUAGUUUGGGAACCCGUUGUUUGAAUCUGCUUGGUUUCCAGCAGUUCAUGGGAGAUAAUGAUAUGACAUCAGAUCUAGUUGAUGAAGGAAAAGAAUUAAUCAGACGAGAGAAAAGAAAAAGACAAAGGCAAGAGGAAGGUGAAAAUCGAAGAAGAGAAUGGAAAGAACGUUAUGGACACAAUAGAGAAGAUUCCACUAGGAACAGAAAUGUUCAUCCUGACCCCAAAGAAUCGAAUUUUUCAGAUACUGCUACCAAUUGGUCAUCCAAGUACACCAGGGCUAAUAACAGGACUGAAAGAGACCGAAUAGAACUUCUCCAGGAUGCAGAACCUUUGGAUUUUAAUGCAGAGACAUUCACUGAUGAUUCUCUGGAACCUGAGUCAGGAAGGUAUCAACCUGGUGGACGAUAUCUCUCCAUGUCUUCCAGCAUAAUAUUUGAAGAUAUCUAAAGUUUGAAGAAAUUCAUGGCUCAAGGUCAUCGCAUCGGCUCAGCCUUUAUGAACAUGAUUGUGCCCUACAAUUCCUCUAUACUGUCUGUGAAUAGUAAGGAUAACAAAAAUGGCACUGAAAACAGAUCACAUCUUAAGAAUACUAGGUUAUUUGUUGACUAGAGUGUCAUCUUUUCUGAUAGGAUUUAUUGCUUACCAUCUGAAGUGUCUGCCUCAGAAGGGAGUUAAGUGGAAGGGUUUAAUUCAUGAUAAACAGAACACAGCUGGUUUAAUUCAUGAUAAACAGAACACAGCUGGUUUAAUUCAUGAUAAACAGAACACAGC